AUGAGACGCUGCCGCUGGCGAGGGAAGGAGGGCAAUGUGGUAACCGGUAAGCGCCAUUUCGCGUCGUAUGCGUCGAUUCCUAGCUCUGGAUGUGGAUAUUUUGAUGGAGACGAUCGCAAGAGGAGUUUAGAAUCUCAGGUAGCUCGAUUGGAGCAAGAACCCGGGGCGGACAAAUCUCUCUACGCCUCGCUGCUGCAAUCCUGUAGGCUGCUGUCGAUCGGGAGGCGGAUCCAUCGCCUGAUCGCUCAGCGAUGGCUGGGCGGCGAUAUUUUUCUCGCGAAUCAUCUGGUAAACAUGUACAGCAGGUGCCAGAGCGUCCAGGAAGCGGUCCAGGUCUUCGAGAAAAUCUCUUGCAAGAACGUUUUCUCGUGGAAUAUCAUGAUCACGGCUUACGUCUUCAAUUCCCAGCCGGUGAAAGCUCUCCAGAUUUUCAAGAGGAUGGAUCUGGAAGGAGUGAAGCCAAAUGUUGUGACGUUUGUUGGAGCGGUGGGCGCUUGCUCGGGCAUUGGAGAGCUGAGUGAAGGGAGAACGAUUCACUCGCGAGUUCUUGCCGAAGUACGUCAACUUACUGUUGUUUUGAGCACCUCGCUAAUCACCAUGUAUGGUAAAUGCAGUGGCCUGGAGGAUGCCCGGCGCGUCUUUGACGGGAUGGAGAAGAGAAACGACGUCUCGUGGAACGCGAUGAUCAGUGCUUACGCCCAGCAGGGGUAUGGAAGUGAGGCGCUGGAGCUGUUUUGGAGGAUGGAGUUUGAGCCAACCGAAGUUACGCUCCUCAAGGUAAGAGAAUCCAUUCUCGUAUUACUAGCUCAAGUCUCUCACACAUUGUCGACACUGCUCUUGUGA